GGAAGAGUUCAUGCUGCCCACUGUAAGGCUUUCCUUCCACACAGAAUAAGCCACUGCCCUCUAUGAAUAGUUCCUUAAUGCAGUGUUCCUCAACCUUGGCAGCUUUCAGAUAGGUGGACUUCAACUCCCAGAAUUCCCCAGCCAGCCUUGUGUUCAUUCUGUCCACAGCCCUACCCGCUGCCCCAGUUCCUUCUCUGGUCUUAAUUUAGUAGCCACCAUCCAUCAGCUUGCUGGAACAAGCCAGAAUGGCUGAUCGAGUGCUUGUGAUUGGCAGCGGAGGCAGAGAACAUGCACUAGCUUGGAAACUGGCACAGUCUCUACAUCUGAAACAGGUACUGGUUGCUCCAGGAAAUGCUGGAACAGCCAACGAUGGGAAAAUGUCUAAUUCAGCUGUUUUAAUUAGCAACCAUACUAUACUUGCCCAGUUCUGCAAAGAUCAUAACAUUGGAUUUGUGAUUGCUGGACCAGAAGCUUUGCUUGCUGCUGGAAUUGUUGAUGACUUGGUAGCAGCUGGAAUCCAGUGUUUUGGCCCUACAGCCAAAGCAGCACAGUUGGGAACAAAUAGAUAUUUCACUAACAUCUUUCUUGAUCAGCAUGGAAUUCCCACAGCAAGAUGGAAAGCAUUUUCAAAUCCUAAAGAAGCAUGUGCUUUUAUUAACAGUUUCUUGAAGCAGAUUGCUGCAUCUCUGAGCAAGUUCUACCCCAGUUCUGGAGGUUCACCAUGGAUGGUCAGUCCAUGCAGUGCAGAUUUUCCUCCACUGGUCAUAAAGCCUAGUGGUUUUGGUCCUAGAAAAGAAAUAGUUCUUGCAUCCAAUCGAGCAGAUGCCUGUAAGGCAGCACAAGACAUUCUUCAGGACAACAUGUGUUACCAUUCUGGAGACUCCUGUGAGACAGUUAUCAUUGAAGAACUUCUUAAAGGGGAAGAAUUUUCAUGUUUAUGCUUUGUUGAUGGAGCCACUUUUAUUCCCAUGCCUCCAGUCCGGGUCCAGAAGCAGCUGCCGAAUGACAACGAGAGUCCAAGCAUUGUUGGAAGAGGAGCCUUUGCCCCUUGUCCUCAGGUUUCUGAAGUUCUUCUAGAAAACAUCAAAAGCACACUCCUUCAACGCAUUCUUGAAGGUAUGAAGCAAGAAGGCAUGUCAUAUGCAGGUGUGCUGCAAGUAGAAUUAAUGCUUACUAAACGAGGUGUGGAAGUUUUAAGUGUUGGCUGUCAUUUUGGUGACCCACAAUGCCAGGUAGUUCUUCAACUUCUUAAAAAUGAUCUUUAUGAAGUUAUCCAAGCUGCAGUUGCUGGCCAACUCUGCAAUUCCACAUUGGCUUGGUUAGAUAAUUGUACUGCUGUGUCAGUUGCCAUGGAAAGUGGUGGCUAUCUGCAACAUCAUAAACAGAGCAAGGAAAUCACUGGGCUUCUACAGGCUAAAGAGUUAGGCCUUGAAAUCUUUCAUGGAGCUACUGUAAUAAAGGAAGGCAAAGUGCUGAUUAAUGGAAACAGAAUCUUUACAGUAACAGCUGUCAAGCAAGACCUCAUGUCAGCACUUGAAGAUGUCUACAAAGGACUAGCAGUCAUUUCUGUCCAGGGUGCAACCUACAGAAAAGAAGCUACCCAUCAAACUAUAGCAUUCUUCAGACAAUCUGUGUCUCCAUCAUAUGAAGAUAGAAUUUCAGAUUCUAUAGCUUGCAGUAUCUUGGAUCAUUCAUCUGUGUUACCAGCUGCAAUGGGUUCCAAGCUGGGUUGCUAUGGGCAUGACGGGAUCAUUCCUGCCUUCUUUGAUUUGAGAGCAUCUGGUUAUCGUGAUCCCAUUCUAGUAUCCCAUGCUAAAGGCAUUGGGACAAAACUUAAGAUUGCCCAGUUGUGCGAUAAGCAUGACACGAUUGGUCAGGACUUGGUGGCUAUAUGUGUCAAUGACCUACUGGUUCAAGGUGCUGAGCCUCUCUUCUUCCUUGGCCAUUUUACCUUUGGAAAACUGGAUGCUGGUGUGGCUCAGCUCACUCAGGCAAUCUCAGAUGGGAUAGCUGAAGCUUGUAAACUGGCAGGAUGUACCUUCCUUGGAAGAGAAACUAAUGAAAUGCCUGGCACAUAUACAGCUGGAGAAUACAACCUGGUUGGCUUUGCAGUUGGUGCUGUGGAACGAGGCAUGACGCUUCCUCAGAAGGGGAGCAUUGCCAGCAAAGAUACUGUAAUUGGAAUAGCUUCUUCAGGGCUUCAUCACCAAGGAUUUGACCUUGUGAGGAAGAUUUUUUUAACAUCAUCCCUUCAUUAUUUCUCUCCAGUUCCUGGUGGAUAUAGUAACCGCACCUUAGGAGACCAGUUGCUGACUCCGACCAAAAUCUAUAGCAGAACCCUGCUUCCUGCCCUCCGUUCAGGAAAUGUAAAAGCCUACAUCCAUAUUUCUGAUGGAGGAUUGUUGGGAGGCUUUUCCCAGAUCCUUCCUGAAUGCUUUAGUGUAGUUUUAGAUACCCGUAAUUGGAAGAUUCCAUCAAUCUUCUCUUGGCUCCAAAAAGAAGGAAACCUCUCAGAAGGGGAGAUGGUGCAAAUAUUCAACUGUGGGAUUGGUGCUGUUUUGAUAGUCCAGAGGGAAGCCGCCAAGCAGGUGCUGAAGGAUAUCCAGAAAUAUGAGGAUGCGUGGGUGAUUGGAAAAGUAGUUCACCGAGCUGCAGGAUAUCCCCAUGUAGAAAUCAAGAAUCUCUCUGAAGCGCUGCUACAGAAUAAAUGGCCAUCUUUGAAGGAUGUUUCUAAUGCAGAGAGUCAGCUCCAGACCACACACAGAAAGCACAAAGUUAAAGUAGCUGUUCUUAUUUCUGGAACAGGCACAAGCCUUUCAGCACUCCUGGUAUAUGCAAAAGAGCCUGCAAGUUGCUCCCGGGUAGUCCUAGUAAUUGCCAGUAGGUCUGGGGUGGAAGAACUGAGGAAUGCAACCCUGGCUGGGAUCCCUACCAGAGUAAUUGACCAUAAACUAUAUGGAAGCAGAUCAGAAUAUGAAGGCACAAUUGACAGUGUCCUUGAAGAAUUUUCUAUUGAGUUGAUUUGUCUAUCAGGAUUUAUGAGAAUUUUGUCUAGUAACUUCCUUAGGAAAUGGUAUGGGAAGAUGUUGGGAACUUAUCCAUCACUUUCACCAUUAACUAAAAGAAGAGACGCCUAUAACCAAGUACAUCCAUCUGCAGACAAAAUUGUUGGCUGUACUGUGCAUUUUGUCCUUGAGGAGACUAGUCCUGAAGCAAUAAUUUUACAAGAGCCUGUAUAUGCGAAGGCAGAAGAUGCACAGGAGACCUUAUCUGAAAAGAUCAAAGAAGCAGAGAACCGCGUCUUUCCCAUGGCUUUGCAACUGGUUGCCAGUGGAAUGGUGCAGUUGGGAGGAGAUGGAAAAACCUAUUGGAAAAGAGAAAGACAGGAGCCAAUCUGCCAAAAGGAGAAGCAGGACUGUUAAUGCUUCUGUAGCAACAGUUUAAUAUACAGUAUGUGACAAAUGACAAUAGUUCAAGUUCUAAUUCAAUUUUGGUUUCAGUUUGUCACAUCCUUUUAUACAAUCACUAGUUUUCUUUUUUUAUACACAGUUUCAGCUUCUCUUCCUUGAAUCAGAGCAUUAGGACCAGCAAUGGUUCCUUGGGGUGAGGAAAAGGUGGCCCAUGGGCACAAUGUGAGCUACAAGUAGUUCCCCUUCCCAAAGGCAGAUGACUGCAGCAUGAGACACUGAGUUUGGGCUUCUUUUCUACCCUACUUAUAUUGCAAUAACUAAAGCAUAAUUGUCAGGGACUUCCUCACCACUGAGGCUCACCAAAAAAGUCAGCCCAGGAGAUGAAACAGUUAUAGAUGGCCCUGGUAUUUGCUGCCACUACCUCCUCAGCCAAGGAUAUAGGAGCAAGACCGAAAGAAGGAAAUGCCUUCCCCUUUCUAUUAAUUGAAAUGGCACAAGGGUAGCUUAAUCUCUGUUAUUUGUAGUUAAUCUGCAGCAACUGAGGCCCUAGAUUACAAGCUCCUAAAUCAAAAUGUUCACUGCUUAAAGCAGUAUUUACUGUUUAUUAAGACUCAAAUAGCAAAGAGGAACAUGUGUAGGUGUUAGAUCAAUGUUUUUCAAACUUGGCAUCUUUAAGAUGUGUGGACUUUAAGUUGUGUGGAAUUCUGGGAGUUGAAGUCCACACACUUUAAAGUUGUCAAGUUUGAAAAACACUGUGAAAAAAUGUGUUAGACAUUAAGAAAAGGAUUAAGCAAACAGCAGAUGUAAAAAACAUAGCAAAUAGGUCCAUCCAAAACAGAGAUUAUGCCUCAAAGAAAAUAGCUAAGGCAGGGCUUUCAGCCCAUAUAACAGAACAAAGUAACAUGCAACUCAGAGAAUUGUGCACUUUCUUGAGAAUUUUGGGUAUGUUGGAUUUUCCUCCCUAAAUCCAGGAAGACUUCAUCAUGGAGUGGUCUUAAAUCCCUUCUUUCCUUCCUCACUAUCAUGUUGCUGGUCCUGGAGAGAAUUCCCAAAAACAAAAGUCAACCUCUCCCAAGCAAUUUAACCUCAAGGCAAGGGAUGAGUUGUGUUUGUUCAGGAAUUUAGCUACCUGGCUCUCCUGGGUUUCGAUAGGAGGUAGAAGGUAAGAGGUAGAAAGGAUCAGGUUGCAAGUCAAUUGUGUGUGCAUUCUGGUCUAAUGUUGGCAGUGGUGUGUGUAUGUGCUAUCCGGAAUUUGUUUUCCCGGGGUGUCUAUCACAAUAAUGAUCUGAAAUGCCUUGGAAUCCAUUAUCUACAUACUAUGCUGUCUACUCUUGGAUAAAUGAAAAGGCAUUUAGGUUAUGGCCUAUAAUUAUCCUUAGGUAGCACAUUAGCUCAUCUUCCAUCCUGGCCCUGUAGAGAUGGCAACUAUGGUUUUUCUAGUUUUAAAGAGGCAGAUGCCACAGCACAAAUCCUAUGCAACAUUUAGAAUAGCUUCACAAUCUUUCAAGUAGCGACAUGUGUUGGAUGCAAACUGGUUUGGCUGUUACAGAGCCUGCUGAACAGCACUCCUGUUUAGGCCCAUGUCUCAUUGCAAAAUGGAAUUCAGAUGCUUAAUCACAUUAAGAGUAGCAUAAAGAAGUUUUAAUGGAAAUAUCUAAUAAUUGUAUACCAAGUAUAUAAAUAGGAAUUAAACCUGUCUUUGUGAUCAAGAAUAGUAAGCAACUUAAGUAAACUUGAUAACACAAAUAAACUUGAGACUCGCUGUUCAUGUAAAGAUUAUCAAAUGUAGUGAACCAAUUUCAUUGUUCUGCAGUCAUCUUGAGGUUUAGGGUUUUAUUCUUCUAGGUUUAAUUAUCAGUAAUUUUUGUGCUACAAUGUCCAUGCUUUCAUGGUUACAGGGAAAAAGAAAACUAUUACUAGCAGAUGACUAUUGUUUAAUGUCUUUGUGUAUUAAAGGAAACCUCCAGCAAGCAUAUAUAGCAAAGAGGCUUCUGGCACCUUAAAGGCCAACCACUGCUACGACGUAAGGUUUCCUGGACCAUAAUCACAAUAGGUAAUGGCUACCCCUCUGGAAACUUCAAUAAGCAGCUCUGUGAUUUAAUUUUUUAAAAAUUAUUUAUGUUAUUCUUCCAGCACAAUCCUUAGUCUCAUGAAGAAGCAGUAUUUUAAACGUCAGCAUGAUAUACCAUUAUGAAAAUACAUUCUUACUAAAUGUUGUGUAGCUACUGCAUAUUAUUGUACACAUCAUAUAAAGAACAGCCAAGGUUAUAUCUGGUGUGGUAAUUCACUGCUAUCUGUUUCCUUGUAGCUUCUAAAUACCAUGUAGUAUGUUGGCUCCUCCUCCUCCUCAGGUGUGCACAUAGAUGUACAUUCCAAUUAAAGAACUAAAACAGCAAUAUCUUGAUGCAUCAUUCAUAGUAAUUCUAAGUAAUUCCUUUCAUAAACUUCCAGUCA